AUGAAUAAUAAUCAAGACCUAAAAGACAAACUCGCAGAGCAAUAUGUCAACAUAGCAUUGAAACAUUUCCAAUACAAGGAAGUUAAGAGCGAGGAACUAAUUGAACUUAAUAGACAAAAAAUCAAACAAUUACUAGAGGAAAAUGAGAGAAUUCUUGAGGAACAAUUAAAAUCAUCAAAAAGAAGUGCAUUUUCUGAUCAUUCCAAGUCAUUGAGAGUUAAAGGUUCUCGAGAAAGUAGCAGUAGCAGCAGGAGCAAUGAUUCAAUGGGAAAAAAAUCAAUCACGUUGAAAUUUCAAGAUUUCCAACCAGAUGGAUCUGUUAAGAGUAAGUUUGUAAAUCCCCGACUAUUUUCAAUUCCUCAUGUUAAACCCAUUCCAAAAUACGCAAUAUGGACUCCUAUUAUAAGAAACAUUAAGACAAAAGAUGAUCCAGUGUUGAGACAUCUUUAUUAUUUUGGAGAAGGUGCUGAACACGAUUUAGAUAUUGAUUUUUACAUGGAUAUAUCCACACGUGUACAUAAUUAUAUAAUGAAAAAUGAGUAA